UAUAAACUCCCUAGUGUAAGGCAGAAAUUCGGUGGUGAAGUAAAGUGCAGACUUCAUCCCAGAAUUAGCUACUACAGGCACCACCAAUUUCUUUUUGAAGACAAGAUCCUGCAGUUAGAAGAACAUGGCAAGUCUGAACUGGAGUUAUCAAGGCAACAAUGGACCCGACGAGUGGCACAAAUUAUACCCUAUUGCCAAUGGAAACCAUCAGUCCCCUAUUAACAUUAAAACCAAGGAAGUCAAAAAAGAUCCAUCUCUGGAGCAUCUCAAGAUCACCUGGAAUUUGAGCACCUGCAAAGAGAUUGUCAAUGUUGGACACUCCUUCCAUAUGAACUUUGAGGACAAGGAUAACCGAUCAAUGGUGACCGGUGGACCUCUGACUGGAAACUACAGGCUGCAUCAGUUUCACUUUCACUGGGGCCAGACUGAUGAUCAUGGUUCUGAGCACACUGUGGACGGAGAAAAAUAUGCCUCAGAGCUUCACCUGGUUCACUGGAAUUCAGACAAAUAUUCAAGUUUUGCUGAGGCUUCAGAUAAGCCUGAUGGUUUGUCAAUCAUUGCUGUUUUUCUGAAGGUUGGUCCCCCCAAUGAACAUGUGCAGGACAUUGUGAAGGCAGUAGGUUCGAUAAAGACUAAGGGUAAAAAAGCUCCAUUUACUAAUUUUGACCCAUCAACUUUACUUCCUGGAUCCUUGGAUUACUGGACCUAUUCUGGCUCUCUGACUCAUCCUCCCCUUUUUGAGAGCGUCACCUGGAUUAUCUAUAAGGAGCCCAUUACUAUCAGUUCAGAGCAGCUGGCCCAAUUCCGCAGCCUCACAUUGACCAAUCAUCGGCUUCCCCAGCCAUUGAAGGGCAGACAAGUGAGAACCUAAUUCCAGGAGGGGGACAUGAAGAAGUGUUCGUAUCACACUCCAGUCAGUAGCUGGCCUGAGCCAGGAAAGCUAAUGAUCCAACCAGUGGACCAAAUUCAGUGAUGAAUCCUGGUCACGUGCUGCCUGAGGCACACUGUGAAUACACUAAGAAGAUUCUUCCGAUGAAUUCUUCCAAAAGAAAACUGAUGGAAAAUACCAAAUGGGACUACAUAUGAAAACCAAAGGAACUAGUGAUGACAACCAAAAAUGACACAGAAAAAUUCAUAUAGCACAUGGUCUCAUAAAAUGUAAAGCAGAUUAAAUCAGCUUGAUAAUGUAAUCCACCUGGCAAAUGGCAAACCACUCUGUCUCAAUACCUCAAUCACCAGUGACAUAGCAAUUUGUUAUCUUUACAGUAAAGGAAGAAAGCAAUGUACAGAAACCAGGGAUCAUAUUCUGAGACAUAAAAUUAACAUAGUAAGAUGUAUAAAGAUACACCUCUACCCCGAUAUAACGCGAUCCGAUAUAACACAAAUUCGGAUAUAAUGCAGUAAAGCAGUGCUCCGGGGGGGGGGGGGGGAGGAGCUGCGCACUCCGGCAGAUCAAAGCACGUUCGAUAUAACACGGUUUCACCUAUAACACGGUAAGAUUUUUUGGCUCCCGAGGACAGUGUUAUAAUCAGGGUAGAGGUGUAUAUUUUACAAACAUAAAAUAUACAACCCCAAGGCUGCUGAUACUUGAAGGAGAGUUAAAACACAUUAAGCAUGGAUUACAAGGUAGGUAUCAUUAUUCAACCUCUCCUUAUUUGAAUCCCAACAUAAGAUUUACUUCUACUGUGAUGUCUACACAGUAUUAGCUAAUCAAGAUGAGGUAAAGAGGUGGUUGGGGACAGUACACAUAAACAACAUGUAUUAUUACAUAAGAAUAGGCCAUACUGGGUCAGACCAAAGGUCCAUCUAGCCCAAUAGCCUGUUUUCCAACAGUGGCCAAUGCCAGGUGCCCCAGAGGUGAACAGAUAGGUAAUCACUCAGUGAUCCAUCCCCUGUAUUAAAAGACAUGAAAAUGAUCAAGACAUAUGCCAGUCAUACCCUUCACCAUUUUGCUCGUAUGUUGCACCCUUUUCCUGACACAAUCUCUUUGUCUGUCUUUUUGCCCCAAAGAUCUUACAAUCCAAAGACUGUUUCUUCUAAUACAUCUGUACUGUGCCUCACACACUGUGGAUGUUAAUGUGAUAUAAGUAAUAAUAAUUCAUAAAAUGCAUAUUUUUACUCAGCACCUCUGUUUGGAUCAAAUUAAAUUUAAUAAAAUUAUGUGAUUUCUGAGGUUAGACAUCUUGGAUGCAGGAUACAGUCGGCAUUUUGAUGUGAAGCAAAAAUCAUGAGGCAGGGCUAAUUAUUAUUAUUCCUAGAUUUUUAAACCAGAAGAGACCAUUAGAUCAUCUAGUCUGAUCUCCUGUAUAACAUAGGACUUAGAAUUUCAUCCAGAUAUUCUUGUACUGAGCCCAGUAACUAGUGUUUGACUAAGGAUAUCUUCCUGAAAGGCACCAGUCUUGAUCUGAAGACUUUAACAGAUGGAGAUUCCACCACUUCCCUUGGUAGUUUUUUUCCAAUGGUUAAAUCAAAACCAGUGAGGUUUGAACUCACAACCCCAGGUUACAAGACCAGUAUUCUAACCCCCUGUAUUUAUUAUUUUUGCACAUUAAGAACCUAGAUAACACUGAUGCAAGAGAGACUCAGUGAGCCAUGUUUGGACCCUGCAGAGAAGAGCUCCUAACACAGAACUGUGUGGCAUGGUACAGUUGAUCUUACGGAGAAUGAUUCAGAAAGAGGUGUCACUUUACACAUUAUUCAAUUCUUUCUGCCUAUUACCACUCAAAAACUAGUAUCAUUCACUGCUUUGUGACCAGCCUCUCUGCACCCCUGGUCCUUUUGCAGUCCUUUAAAUGAGUGCCAGAUAAUGGCAAACACUUUAA